CAGAAGACCAGCAUCUCGGACGCUGUGGCGGAUCUGGUGGCCACUAAGAAGCGCAAAGGAGAGAUUCCCUCCACCCUCAUCUACGCGCUCACUACCCGUGAAGUGGACGAGAUUGCUGCCUACCUCAAUCAACCCACGGUCCUGAACGGCCGAGCGGGGCGGUACCAUGGCAAGAUGUCGGCAUCAGAGCGACGAGAGUCCCAUGCGGCCUUCAUGCGGGACGACCUUGAUGUGCUGGUGGCGUCCGUUGCCUACGGCAUGGGCAUCGACAAGCCCAACAUCCGCACCAUCCUGCACUGGGGCUGCCCCGCUUCCGUGGAGGCUUACUACCAGCAAGCGGGCCGCGCGGG